AGCCCGUGCGCCCACCUGCCCUGCCAGAACGCCGCCACCUGCUCGCCCACCGGCGACGACACCUUCCACUGCGACUGCCCGCCGCAGUUCACAGGUCCGUACUGUGAGAGCAAAACCAACUCAUGUGCUUGGAGCCCUUGUGUGGCUGGAUCAUGGUGCGAAGUGUCACCUGAAGGAGGUUUUACAUGCAACUGUGGACCGACAAGCAUAAAACUUCCCUGCUAUGACUGGCCUGUCUUCCACAGUUGAUGCCGAAAAUCAGGAAGCAUUUGUGCCAGAAUUUGAUGGGAACUCGUUCAUAGAGCUUCCUAGGCUGGAAGGUGUCGGCAAGGCUUUUGCUAUGGAACUGUGGUUUCUGACAAGAGCGGUGGAUGGUGUGCUCUUGUACAGCGGUCAAAGACUGGAUGGAAAGGGCGAUUAUAUAGCCCUAGUUCUUGUCAGUGGCUGCGUGCAGUUCCACUUCGAACUUGGCAGUGGUCCAGGAAAAACAGUUACUACAAACGGAAUAACUCUGAAUCAGUGGCACUCGGUGAAGGUCAGCUACAUGGACCGAGAGGGCACACUGCAGCUUGAUGACGGCCCCACCGCAACGGGUAUGUCUGGAGCGCCAUUAAACGAGCUCAAUCUGGAUCUACCGCUGUACAUAGGAGGCCUGCCGGCCACAAUGUACACCGGCGUGAUCCCGCUGCCCAACUUGGUGGGCGCGGUGCAGCGGCUGGUGGUGAACGGGCAGAUCCUGGAGAACCUGGGCGAGGGCGUGGCCUCCGUGUCCAGGUGGGCGGGGCCGCCCUGCACGGCGCACACGUGUCUGCACGGCGGCGCCUGCCAGCCCAGGCUCAACUCCUUCCUCUGCCGCUGCCCGGCGCGCUUCCGGGGACCGCGCUGCCAGUACGUCGAUACUGAAGGAGCUACUGACUCGACACCAGUGAAGUUCACUGGCAACACUUACGUGAAAUUGUCAGUCGCUGCAGAUACAAGUAUUAAUGGCUCUAUGAAGCACUUAGUAAACGAGACAUUCGUGUAUAGUGAUAAUCAAGGAGGAAAUGAAAGAAACCUUGAAAUAACUGGAAAUGACAUUUACGAACAUAGCGAUUACUAUGAAGAAGACAAGGAUGACGAUGAGAGUGAUAUAGGUGGCAAUCACUUCAUAGAAGGAGACACCUCAUUUUCUCCUGAGAAACAGGCGGACUUCGAAAAUCUGGCAUAUCGUACUUUGCCAGUUGGAGAAAUAAACGGGAGAUUUUUUCACUAUGAGGUCACAUUUCACACACUGGAAGCUAGCGGCCUGCUCUUAUGGAAUGACAGAAAGACUAGGCACAGAAGUAAUUAUGUGGCUCUUGCAAUUUCUGAUGGGUAUUUGGAACUUAGGUACAGACUUGGUAAAACCAAAUAUUCAGCUUCACUUCAGUCGAAGGUUUAUGUAAGUGAUGGGGAAAUACAUACGGUAGUGGCAGAGAUUCACUGGAAAUACAGUUUUCUCCAAGUGGAUGAUGAACAUCCGAAACAAAAAUUCACUAAAGGCAAUAAUAUUAGACGAUCCUUGGCACAGGAUAUAUGGAUAGGUGGAAUGGGAAGCUUACCAUCAGGACUACCAACGGCAUACUACUCAGGAUUCUUAGGCUGCAUGCACAGGCUCGUUGCACAAAAAGAAUUGAUAGAUCUACAAAGUGGAGAGGCAAGCAAUAUUACACUUUCACAAUGUAAUGAGAAUGAAGUGUAACCGGUGCUUUAUGUCGUGCUUGUUUGGAAACGAGGAUCAUGUUGAUGAGAAAUCAUGCCAGCUAUCCACACACACAACCUCUAUUCCUCUGUAUAUAUGUAUGACAAACAUAUCUGACCAAUGUGUCAUGGGAUCACUGUACCGAAUAGUGAUAACUCAGUAACUAUUUGUAAUUUCAAUGGUGCUAUAUAAAAAUACAUUGCGACUGCUCUGUUGGGUACAUAACAGUAAAAUACCGCGCGAAAUAAAAAAUACGUAUUUCUGUUAUAUAAUUUGUACAAGUUAUACUGUGGCUAAAUCGGACAUUAAAUUCUGUCUACAUUGGUGUACACAUUGUAUAGUGCAAAUGAAGAAUCACGAAAUUAAUAUCAUGGCCUGCAGACUAAAUGUAAAAUGUGGCACAGCAGCACAGGACAUUCAGAUUUAUAAAAGGAGAUUACUAAA